AUGGCUCCACUCAAGGCCUCUUUCGUCGCCCUCAUCCUUGCCUUGCCCGCACUCGCACAGCAAGGUCCUUACCAACAAUGCGGUGGUACUGGAUGGACUGGUGGAACCACCUGUGUGUCCGGCUACGUGUGUAACAAGUUCAACGACUGGUUCUCCCAGUGCGUUCCGGGAAGCAACCAGCCACAACCACCUGUUACCACUCAGCCCCCUGUCACGACUCAACCCCCCGUCACGACUCAGCCCCCGGUUACGACCCAACCCCCUGCGCCUCCGGCUUCCUGCCCCCCGCUCCCAUCUAACCUUCCUUUGACUGCGAAUGCCCGCCCCAACGAUCCUUUCACCUUUGUCAAUGGCCAGAAGGUGACCACCAAGGCUCAAUGGGAGUGCAGGCAGAAGGAGAUCUCCCACCUGUUCCAACAGAUGGAACUCGGUACGCUCCCACCCAAACCCGAGUCCGUCACUGGUUCCCUCUCAGGAAACAGCUUGACCGUCAACGUCCGCAAUGGUGGCCAGAGCAUCAGCUUCAGCGCGUCCAUCCAGUUCCCUUCUGGCAACGGUCCUUUCCCCGCCAUCAUCGCUGUCGGUGGAUCGUCCCUCCCCACCCCGAGUGGCGUCGCCAUGAUCAACUUCAACAACAACGAUAUCGCCGACCAGCAGGGUCAAUCCAGCCGUGGUCGUGGCAAGUUCUACACCCUCUACGGCUCCAACCACUCCGCCUCAGCUAUGAUGGCGUGGGCCUGGGGCGUCAGCCGAAUCAUCGACGUCCUCGAGACCAUCCCCAACUCUCGCAUCGACCUCACCCGUCUGGGCACCACCGGUUGCUCUCGUAACGGCAAGGGUGCUCUCAUCGUCGGUGCCUUCGAGCCCCGUAUCGCCCUCACCCUCCCUCAGGAAUCUGGCUCUGGCGGUGCUGCCUGCUGGCGCAUCUCCGACGCCAUGUCCAGGAACGGCGUCAACACCCAGACUGCCCGCCAGAUCGUCACCGAGAACGUCUGGUUCUCCACCCUCUUCAACCAAUACGUUAACCGCGUCAACGACCUUCCCUUCGACCACCACUUGCUCGCUGGUCUCGUCGCUCCCCGUGGUCUCCUCGUCAUCGACCACUCCGGCAUCGACUGGCUCGGCCCUCAAUCCGUUUACGGCUGCAUGGUCGUUGGUCGCAAGAUCUACCAGGCCCUCGGCGUCACCAACAACAUGGGUAUCUCCCAGAUUGGCGGACACAACCACUGCAUGUUCCCUGGUAGCCAACAGAAUGACCUCAAUGCCUUCGUCGACAAGUUCUUGCGUGGCAAUGCUAAUGCCAACACGAACAUCCAGCGCACCGACGCUCCCAACCAAGCUGGAUUCGUCGAGUCCCAGUGGGUCGACUGGCAGGUCCCCACCUUGUCGUAA